AUGCCUCGCAUUGUACAGAAAUCUCGUGCUCUAUUUGCUGCCAUUUUUGCCUCAUAUCCUGACCUGUUCGAUGAGGAAGCAUGGCAGCAGCAAUUUGGAUUCCCCGGGUUUGAUGCGGAUCACAUCUCAAAUGUAAAAAAUGAAGAGCUCCCUGCAGUCCGCGAGUUUCUGAAGCACGUCGGAAAUCUCCCCUUGGACGAAGCUAUAACUUGCGUCAAUACGAAGGGCGCCGACGCAUUUCUCCAAGGCCAGACCACAUACCACCACUGGUGGUCGAAAUCGUGCAUGGUGUCAAAGCUCAGAAUCACACACAACCAUGCUAUUCUUCAUGCUGGUAUCAACAUCAAGGCGAUGUAUCAGGUAGCUGCGAAGAAAGGGAACGCAAAAUUCGUCAUGCUUAUGAUGUUUGGAUCGAAGGAGGCAGAGAUUGCAGAAAGUAUGUUUGGCAGAGCAUUUGAGGAUAACGAGUCGGGUUACUACAUUGAACGUCAGCACAAGAAUCACCGCCAGGCAGAAACAUGCAGACUUGAGGCGAAGGGGGAACUCGAUGCCAUGUGGAAAUUGUUUGAAUCUGGCAAUGGCCAAAUCCACCUGAAAGAUGCAAAGAAGAUCUCGAACGCUCUCGAGAAAUAUGAAAAGUACAUCGGUUGGGAGGCGACGGAGCAGGAUAAGGCUGCAUUGGCAGAAUAUGAGCAGAGGAAGGGUGAGUUUGAACAGGCGCUUUUGAAGUCAGAGGCUCAGGAGGAGGAGUUGAAGAAAAACAAAAAGAGUUCGCAGUACAUCCUUGGACGUAUGAUGAAUCGAAGAAUCGCUGUUAUGGCCACUGAAGAGGAAAUAGCAGCACUCCAUGAGGACCUUGCUUCUCGGCUUCAGAGCAUUGAAAGCACAUGCAAUAGGGAGGAGGCCAAACAACAUGACAUCGACAUCAAUCCGGGCCUUCCUUCGCACCCUGGUCUUAUUGGGUGGGAGAAAUGGAAGGAAUGUGGGGACCUGGGGGUAGAGUCUUGGUCAAAAACUACUGAUAAGGUGCUUGCUGAAAUGCUUCGAUGGGACAAUGGCCAUCCCGAUGAAUUUAAUCCAUUCAUUAACGCUUCCCUCACCGAUUACUGGGAAAACCCUGACUAUGUCGCCAAGAUUCCUCCUGGCGGUGAUGAAGACAAUGAGGUGAUGAACAUCAUGUGGCAUCAAAUUGUUGGUAUAACAGCAAUGGUGAACAUGCUGUGGACGACAAAAUUGGAUGAUGAUGGUGUCCCAGGAAUCCUCCUUGCCGAUGAGGUGGGUCUGGGCAAGACUGCCCAAAUGAUGGGAUUGCUGGCAUUUAUAAUGUCAUGCUAUCGGGCACAGAAGCUCGGCAAGGAACUGCCCCCAGUGCUUGCACAAUUGCCAUAUUUCUGUGGCUGUAAACAGAUUCCUGAUGCACCACAUCUCAUUUUGGUCCCUGGUACCAUUAUAGAGCAGAUUGUGGGCGAGUUGAAAUGGUGGUUCCGUCCUCAUGUCAUCGACAUUUUUGUAAUGCCGACAAUGGAGCAGAGAUGGGAUGAGUUCAACAAGGCUGUUGAUUCAUCGAAGCAGGACAAAUGCAACAUCGUGAUCAUUGCAAGCCAUAGUAGUGUCAGUCAGUUAGCACAUCGGAAUUUAUGGAUCACAAAGUCUAAGACUGAAUUGGUGUCGACUCUCCGCCCCUCUAAGACGAAUUCAUUGGGUUACGAGCCGAUAUGGUCAAGGAGUUUCUGCAGUGUCAUUGUCGACGAAGCACACAACUUCCGGACACCAAAUGCUGCCUACCACGGCAUGAAUAGAAUUAUGGAAAAUACCUGUGUGCACCUAAUUGUGUCGGCAACUCCACUGUACCAGUCACCUCGUGACCUAUGCAACCUCGCAAGACUUAUUCGUUUGAAGGCAUUCAUAGGUAAGGCAGCCGAAUCGCUCGAGAAGGAGAAAGUCAGAGAGCUGUCAAAGAUGCGGAGGGAUGUUGCCAAGGGCAACAACAGCGAUGAUGAUGCUCUCGCCGUAUUCAACACGAAUGCCUUGAAGGGCGUUGAUGGUAGAAAUCCAUACAAAGGGGUGUACGAUGCUAACAAUGACUGGGUCAUUGACAUUCAGGCUCGCUAUGAAGGACGUAUCAUUCGACGGGCAGUAACGUCGAUCAAGUACACUGACCCCCCAGCUGACAAGCCUAUCAUGCUCUUGAAUGAACUCCCACCAUACGAAAAGAUCAAAGUGAUGGUAAGCAUGGCAGAUGCUGAGAAAUGGGAGAUGGACAACCAGAUGUCAAAGUGGAGCAGCAAUGGAUCUGAUGCAGACUCUUCUAGUUCAAAGACACAUGGAGCUGUUGAUGUCACGGAUGCCGGGGCAUUUUUGCUCAAUUACCGGCUUGCGGUAGCAUAUCCACAAUCUCAACGCGAUCCUGACUAUCUGUCAAAAUCUGGCAAGAAAAAGUUUCCACCAUUCGAAAGUCUUGAAGAGUGGGAAAAGUAUCCAGGAGCAAAGCUCGAGGCAACGUUGAGAUUGUGCAGGCACUAUUUGUCUGAUGACAAUGUGUCUCCACCAUAUAUCGAAGACGGUCACCUCGUUUUCCCUGAUCCUCCUGCAAUGGCGACCAGCGAUAAGAAGAAGAGGAUUCAGCAGAUAAAGAUCCUUAUCUUUCAUGA